CUUAGUUUAGAUUGAAAUUCGAGCCGAGAAGAUGUGUUGUUCACUCUGGUUUUUGAUAUUGCUAAUACCAAACAUAAUAACCACCGCCGCCAGUGCUUCAUUCAGUUCACUUCAACAAGAAUCGAUUUCGUACCGUCUGCCAAACGAAACUUUCCCUGAAAACUAUGUCAUCCAUCUGAAGACCGAUAUUCAUGAAGGAAAUUUUAAUUUUACCGGAAGAGUAGAAAUAACCGUUGCUGUGCGAGAACAGACUUCAGAGAUUGUUGUACAUGCUAGACAACUAGUAAUCGACGAUGUAAAACUUUGGAAUGUACUCAGCGGCGCAACCGAAAUUCAAAUACAACCUUUCGAGUAUAGUGCUGUAACAGAAUUUGUGACAAUAAGAUUGGUGAGCGGUGUCUUGCAGACAAAUCAGAAAUAUCUUCUUGUAAUAGAAUAUAGCGGUGAGCUACGUGACGACAAUCUGGGAUUUUACAGAUCGUCAUACAGGGAUGCUGACAAUCAGUUGAUAUGGCUAGCUGCCACACAAUUUGCUGCUACAAAUGCUCGGCAUGCAUUCCCUUGUUAUGAUGAGCCCUACAUAAAGGCCACGUACGAGAUCUACAUAACUCAUGAUGAGAGUUACACUGCGUUGUCGAAUUAUCCAUUAUUCGAAUCUACUAAAAAUGUCGAUGGUUCAGUAACUUCUCAUUUCUGUUCUUGUAACAUUCACCAGCCAAUACAAUUCUCAUCAUACAUUGUCGGUUUUGUGAUAGCGAAAUUCGAUUACAUUACAAAUACCAACGAAAAUGGCAUCGAAUUCAGAGUUUACUCACGACCAGAAGCGAUAAAUAAUACCAACUACGCGUUGAAUCUGGGACAAGAACUAUUAAGCAUAAUUCAAGAAACGGUUAGGGUUGAAUAUGUUUUGCCGAAAUUGUAUCAGGUGGCCUUGCCAGACUUUUACUUUAAUGCCAUGGAAAACUGGGGUCUCAUCACUUACAAAGAGGAACGUCUCUUAUUUGACGAAGAGUCGGCACCAUACACCAAUAGAAUUGAAAACAGCCGUACAAUGGCACAUGAAGUGGCACAUAAAUGGUUUGGAAAUUUGGUCACACAUAAUUGGUGGAGCUUUGUUUGGUUCAAGGAAGGCUUCGCUCGAUUCUUUGAACAGUACGCCUUUGGAAAGAUACGAUCUGAAUGGAGAAUCGAAGAUUUAUUUGUAUUAACUGAUGUUCAGAACGCAUUGUUUACGGACUCGUUAUUUACGACACGUCGGAUGACUCAAUAUAAAGAGAGUCCGAGUGAUAUACUAGCACUGUAUGAUAACAUAGCGUACGCAAAAGGCGGAUCAUUUCUUCGAAUGUUUUUUAAUGUACUGGGCGAAGAGCGGUUCUUUAACGCAGUUACAGAAUUGUUAAACACAGCGAAAUUCAGAGCAACAAAUGAAAACGAGCUAUUCGGAAUCUUUGCAAAUGUUACCGGCGAAAUCGAUUUGGUUGAUACAUUGCAAUCAUGGACUCAUCAGACAGGAUAUCCAGUGGUAAAUGUAAAUCGGGAUUACGAUGAAGGAACAUUUACGCUAACGCAACGCAAAUUUAAUUUAAUACCCGACGAUGACAAUGAUGCGGAAAAUGUUGACUUAUCGUGGUCAAUUCCAUUUAACUUCUUCGCCGAUAGCAACAACAGAACAAUGAUUGUAACGAAUGGUUUCUUCCCGCGAGAGAACACCUCCUUUAAAGUUCAGCAGACAACACAAACGUGGUCUGCCAGUGACUGGAUUUUACUGAAUUAUCGUCAAACGGGAUUUUACCGAGUCAAUUACGACGAAGUCAAUUGGAAUUUAAUAAUAAGUGAAUUGAAUGAUGGCAACUAUCAGUCAAUUCCAGUCUUGAAUCGAGCCCAAUUAAUUGACGAUGCCUUUAACUUGGCCAGAGCAAAUCAAUUGAGUUAUAAGAUUCCGUUUGGAUUGAUUGGAUAUCUGAAUAAUGAAACUGACUACAUACCUUGGAUGGUGGCGAUGAACUCUCUUACACACAUUAAUAGAUUUUAUGUUCGCUCGGAAAAUUAUGAACUGUUUAAGGGCUUUUUGAUAAAUGUAAUUCAAACUCUUCGCGUACGAAUUCAAUCAUUAGAUGAUGUCCAAGGCGAGCCAAUAAUCAAUAAAUACGCUCGAACGUUAGUUAUCAACUGGGCCUGUGAAAUGGACCUUAGUUGGUGCAAUUCAUUUGUUAUGGAAAAAAUGAAUAGAUAUGUUGUCGACGGCAUUGCCAUCGCACCGAACUUGAGAUCAGCCGUUUAUUGUUCGGCUGUUCGAAUUGAUCCAUACUACUUUUCGAAAUUAUAUUAUGAUUUGAUAUCUACCAAAGAUCAGACCGAAAGGAAAUUGAUCAUCAACGCACUGGGAUGUUCAAAACACUCAACGGCAUUGGAAACAAAUCUUUUAACAAUCUUCCAAAACACCGACCUACGUCAACAGGAAAUUACACCGUACUUUACGUCUAUAUAUUCGGGAGGACCAUUGGGUAUGUUGGCUGUUAUUAAGAGCAUCAGAUCAUAUACAAAAAGAUACAGCGCAGAAGAAAUAGUUAAGAGAGUGAGUGUCGGAGGAAUUGUCUUAGGCAUGGCACAGCGAAUUUCUACGCAAGAACUGGAGGAAGAAUUUGACUCACUGUUGGACGAUUUGCUGUCUCAUGGUUUAAUAAGUAGUUCUACUGUAGAAACAGCUGAGAAAUAUAUUAAGAUGAAUUCAGACUGGCUGAACGUUUCUGAUGAACCAAUUAGAGACUAUUUGAAUGACUACUAUACAGGAGGAGCAAACUGUAAAAGUUACCUUCCUAUCUUGAUGAUGACAAUGUUACUGUUAGUUUUUGGAACACGAGCAACGAUGUAGAUUAAAUGUCCAUUACGUGCAGACGAAACUGUAAAGCAUUUGCUAAUUUCCUCAUUGCAUAAAAUCAAAAUUUGUAAAUACGAGAAGAUGGAUUAAAGAGAAAUGUGAAGUGAACUCCAUUAGUUGCAUUACA